ACCCCCACCAACAAAUCCGACCAUGGCGAUUGCAGUUAGAGUUUUUCUUCUGUGCAUCAGUUGUACUGUUAUGACAACACGAGUUUUAGGAGACCAUGAAUUUGAUUGGGACUUGUCCGACGCCUUGGAUGACGUAACCCCAAAGCGACAUGGAACCUUUCUUUUCUCUACAGCUCUUACAACGCCUAGCAAACCUUCAAGUGGGACGGAUGACCUCAGCCUGUGGGAUUUUUUUCCAACGUCUGCACGCCCUGGAAGAAAAACCACCAAGUCGCCCAAGACAACUAAGAAACCACCAAUGAAUAUCGGUGAUGAUGACUUCGACCUCGCAGAUGCUCUUGAUGACGGGAAUGACAAAUAUAACAAAGGUGGUAAAGGUGGUAAAGAGGAACCUUCAGUUCCAGGCUCCAAAGGCAAGGAGAAUGGAGGUGGAUCUGACUUUUCUGAUCAAGACCUUGAUGAUACAGUGAACGGUGGGGGUUACAAUCCUGAUAAGAAAAAGUCAGGUGGAAACACACCUUCUGAUGACCAGAAUCCAGGUCAGGACAUGCCUCCAGCGACAAUAGCUGGGAUCACCAGUGGCUUGGCUGUGGCUGUGUUAGGUGCAGUCAGCAGCUUCAUUGCGUAUCAGAAGAAGCAAUUAUGCUUCAAAAUACAAGAUUAUGUAAAAGGAGGCAACCUUCAAUCAGAACCACCAGUUGAAGGAAACCUCCUCCAGACACAGUCAGCGCAGCCAUCUGCAGACAGUGCCAUUCAAGUCUAGCUCACAAUGCUGUAAAAGGUAGCUUUUGCCUUGAAACUAACAUGCUUGUAAUGUUGUUCUGCUUUACCAAAAAAAAUGCUACUUUUACAGAGUAUGGUACCUUAAAAACGUAGAUUAACAUUUUUAUGUUACAGAAGACAAGUCACAAUUUAAUAGUUCAGUUUGGGUAGGUUUCACACUCCAAAGAAUGUCACAGAAGAAAGCCUUUGGUGCCAGAAACUGCUGAUUGAUCGGAGCAUCAGUUUAGAUUUUCUAGUGUGCGUAAACAAAACAAAGGAUACAAGUGGAUCGAUUGAGUUAAGGAUGUAGCACAAUUAUGGUGACAGCUAAGAGUGAUGGGAUUCUGUUGGAUCCAUCAGUGAUGGUGGCAGGUUUGCAUGUCCAAAAAGACACUUUAUAUAUGAAUUCAAAAUGGUAUGAAUGGUAGUAACAAUUACACCUGCCAUUGCAAAUUCUUUAUCGUGGUAAAGAUACCUCAGCUAACAAGGGCAAUAUUCAAAUUGAUUUGUUGCAGAAACAUAUUCUGGCUUGCUAAGGAAUUGACGUCCCCAAUAUGUCCAAGCCCCCUUGACAUCUGUUCAAAUGUUCCAACUGUAAAACUCAGUCUGCCACCAUUAGGUCAGGCAGAGCUUUAAAGGAAGUUUGAAAAAGAGGGUGUAAACACGAAAAUUUAGUUAACGUGCUUCAUCAUUGCCUGGUAACCUCCACAAAUAACUACUGGCUGAUUAAUACACAAAAACCUCUUCACACAGGAUGAGAACCUAUUGAGGAACUGUGCUGAAUGCAGCUUCCUUGUAGCAUUUUAAUCAUUCAGUGUCGGUUACACCAUAAAAAAAACAUUCAUAGUUUAAGUGUCCUGUGGUUCAGUACUUCCUGCUUGCAUUAAUAUCUUAACGUAUUUUCACGUCCUAAGGACAUAACCACUAUAAAGAGUAAAUUUGUACAUAUUAAACAAAAUACUGAUAUACUACUUGAAUCUUAAAAAUGGUGAUACUAUAAUUCUUUCUCCAAAAUCUAUCCACAAAACCAAACCUUAUAAUUCCUGAAUUAUUUUAUAUUUUUAAGAAAUACGGGGUUGUUCCUCAUAUACAUUCUUACAGCUGCAGCCUCAUUAAUCGGGUCAUUCAGUUUUAAAGCUAAAAAUUAGAAUGAUCGACUUUCCAAAUACGGCAUUUGGAAACUUCUGUCAGAUAUUGCAGAUUGCAUGUUUGGGUUAAGGAAUGGUGUGCGUUUUGGGCUACAGAUUGUACUUAAUACACUGCUGAGAUACUUGCUGCUGGCUCCAUAACAGUUAGGAGCCAACGUCAGUCAUGUCAGCACAUAUUCUUUAAACACUCCAGGCUAUCUCAAACAAUUAAAAUAUUGUAGAAUUAAACUGCAGCCCUCUCUCCUCCUUCUUCCUGAUUAAAACCCUUUGCACUCCUGUUUGCAACAUGCCAGUUGUACAGCUGGUGGCUGCCAUCACCCCAUACUGCCCCCUCCCAUUCCAUGCCCACAUCACAAAGCUGGGUAUCAUAGAAACACAGACAUUUUCUGCACAGAAGGAUGCCGUGCCAGAACAAGAA